UCGUCUAUAAAGGUCUGCCUAGGGCAGACCAGAACAUCGAUAAGCUACAGCUUUACAGCUUGCCAUGUCGCAAACCAAGAAUGCCGGCACAUACAGCCUGUCACCUGAUCAAGGCAUACAUACAGCUUGCCACCCGAGGCAUAUAAAAGACCUCCUUACUGCGGACGCCUCUAACUGCAGAACUCGACGCUCUUCGAUACAUACUCACUCUCGACUGCCCAUUUUGUUUUAGAAUCAUUUUGCAAUACAAGCGAUGUCGUCACCUGGUACCAUCGUCAGAAACUUGACAUUUCAGUCCAACGAUCUCGGCAAGGAGACGACAAUUCUCCUCGUUUUCGAUGCCAAUAUGGAGGGCCUUUACGACACAAUAUACCCUGUGGUAUGGAAAGUCUUCACUUUCCCGAAGACGGGCUCGGGCGAGCUCAAAGUGACCUACACGAACGACCUUGCAUUUGCUGAAGCAGACGUCGUGCAUGGGAACUGCAUUGAAGUUUACACUGACUUCAAGCUGAAGCCAGGCCAAAAAACUACCCUGACCCUGGAAAACUCGGAAGACUCGGAAAACAUGAUUUUCUCUCCACCUGUGGCCGGUACUGAUGGCUACCUGUCAGCCGAAAACAAGACUGGGCGCGUUCAGGACCUCGCAGUCGGCUUUUUUACCCCGAAACCCUUCGGCCCUGUGCAAGAACCAGCGCUCUUCUUCAAGGAAGUCGAAGACGGCAGUAUUGCCACGGCUCAGUGGAAACCGGUCCUGCGCGUCUACCUCGAAUCUAAUUACGAGGAGACAGAGGCCUUGAUCGAUGCCAUCAAAAUCCCUCCAAUCUGGGAGCAAGAUCUCCACCGGCUUUUUCGGAACACGACUUUGAACCUCGAACGACACCCACUGACUGGACUUUGCACGUUCACGAAGACCAAAUGAAGGAAUGUCAAAUUGCUAUGCCUGAUAACUGCUGUCUGAGCCUGACCGGUUGCUUGUCUUGCAAAACGCUUCCCUCUCGUGUGAUCACUAUUGUACCAUGUUGAAUUAAUCGAUCA